AUGGACGUGGACGUGGACGUGGACAUGGACGUGGACGUGGACAUGGACGUGGACGUGGACGUGGACAUGGACGUGGACGUGGACGUGGACGUGGACGUGGACGUGGACGUGGACGUGGACGUGGACGUGGACUGGACACAUGGACGUGGACGUGGACGUGGACGACGUGGACGUGGACAUGGACGUGGACGUGGACGUGGACAUGGACGUGGACGUGGACGUGGACAUGGACGUGGACGUGGAAAUGGACGUGGACGUGGACAUGGACGUGGACGUGGACGUGGACGUGACGUGGACGUGGACGUGGACGUGGACGUGGACGUGGAAAUGGACGUGGACGUGGACGUGGACAUGGACGUGGACGUGGACAUGGACGUGGACGUAAAUGGACGUGGACGUGGACGUGGACGUGGACAUGGACGUGGACGUGGACGUGGACAUGGACGUGGACAUGGACGUGGACAUGGACGUGGACGUGGACAUGGACGUGGACGUGGACAUGGACGUGGACGUGGACGUGGACGUGGAAAUGGACGUGGACGUGGACGUGGAAAUGGACGUGGACGUGGACGUGGACGUGGACGUGGACGUGGACGUGGACAUGGACGUGGACGUGGACGUGGACGUGGACGUGGACGUGGACGUGGACGUGGACGUGACGUGGACGUGGACAUGGACGUGGACAUGGACGUGGACAUGGACGUGGACGUGGACGUGGACGUGGACGUGGACGUGGACGUGGACGUGGACGUGGACGUGGACGUGGACAUGGACGUGGACGUGGACGUGGACGUGGACGUGGACAUGGACGUGGACGUGGACGUGGACGUGGACGUGAAAUGGACGUGGACGUGGACGUGGACAUGGACAUGGACGUGGACGUGGACGUGGACGUGGACGUGGACGUGGAAAUGGACGUGGACGUGGACGUGGACGUGGACAUGGACAUGGACGUGGACAUGGACGUGGACGUGA